CCCGCCCCCGCGCCGAGAUGUGGAUACAGGUUCGCACCAUCGACGGCUCCCAGACGCGCACCAUCGAGGACGUGUCCCGCAAAGCCACGAUCGAGGAGCUGCGCGAGCGGGUGUGGGCGCUGUUCGACGUGCGGCCCGAGUGCCAGCGCCUCUUUUACCGGGGCAAGCAGUUGGAAAAUGGAUAUACUUUGUUUGACUAUGAUGUUGGACUGAAUGAUAUAAUUCAGCUACUAGUUCGUCCAGACGCCGAUCUUCCUAGCACAUCUAAACAGACAGAUGUACAUGCCAAACCCUCUUCUAAUCCUCCACCUAAAGCAAAGAAAACCCCAAGGGCGGGAUCUUCAGGUCAGCAGUCUACAUCUUCUCGUGUUUUUCUUAUUGAUCCAGGCAUCGGACUAUACAAGGUAAAUGAAUUGGUGGAUGCCAGAGAUGUCGGCCUUGGUGCUUGGUUUGAAGCACAUAUACAUAGUGUUACUAGAGCUUCUGAUGGACAUUCACGUGGCAAAACUCCACUGAAGAAUGGCAGUUCUUGUAAAAGGACUAAUGGAAAUGUAAAUCUUAAUUCCAAAGAAAACACAAAUAAAUUGGACAGUGUGCCCUCUACGUCUAAUUCAGACUCUGUUGCUGCUGAUGAAGACGUUAUUUAUCAUAUCGAGUAUGAUGAAUAUCCAGAAAGUGGUACUGUAGAAAUAAAUGUCAAGGAUCUUCGACCACGAGCUAGAACCAUUUUGAAAUGGAACGAACUAAAUGUCGGUGAUGUGGUAAUGGUUAAUUACAAUGUCGAAAGUCCAAAAGAUAGAGGAUUUUGGUUUGAUGCAGAGAUUACUACAUUGAAGACAAUCUCCAGAACCAAAAAAGAGCUUCAUGUGAAUAUUUUCUUGGGGGGUACCGAAGGAAAAUUAAAUGACUGCCAGAUAACAUUCGUAAAUGAAAUCUUCAAGAUUGAGAAACCUGGAGCUCAUCCUCUCUCGUUAGCAGAUGGAAAGUUUUUAAGGAAAAAUGACCCUGAAUGUGAUUCUUGUGGUGGAGACCCAGACAAGAAAUGCCAUUCUUGCUCCUGCCGUACGUGUGGUGGGAAACAGGAACCCAAUAUGCAACUUCUAUGUGAUGAAUGUAACAUGGCAUAUCACAUCUACUGCCUGGACCCACCUUUGGAGAAGAUCCCUGAAGAAGAAUACUGGUAUUGUCCGUCCUGUAAAACUGAUUCCAGUGAAGUUGUAAAGGCUGGUGAAAAACUGAAAAUGAGUAAAAAGAAAGCUAAGAUGCCAUCAGCUAGUACAGAAAGCCGGAGAGACUGGGGCAGGGGAAUGGCCUGUGUUGGUCGUACUAAAGAAUGUACUAUUGUUCCUUCAAAUCAUUAUGGACCUAUUCCUGGGAUUCCUGUUGGAUCAACAUGGAGAUUUAGAGUUCAGGUGAGCGAAGCUGGUGUCCAUAGGCCUCAUGUUGGGGGGAUUCAUGGUCGAAGUAAUGAUGGCGCUUAUUCUCUUGUCCUGGCUGGAGGAUUUGCAGAUGAAGUAGACCGAGGUGAUGAGUUCACGUACACGGGGAGUGGUGGUAAAAAUCUGGCUGGUAAUAAGCGAAUUGGUGCACCUUCAGCUGACCAAACAUUAACAAACAUGAACAGGGCAUUGGCCCUAAACUGUGAUGCUCCAUUGGAUGAUAAAAUUGGAGCAGAGUCUCGGAAUUGGAGAGCUGGUAAGCCAGUCAGAGUGAUACGCAGUUUUAAAGGGAGGAAGAUCAGCAAAUAUGCUCCUGAAGAAGGCAACAGAUAUGAUGGCAUUUAUAAGGUGGUGAAAUACUGGCCAGAAAUUUCAUCAAGCCAUGGGUUUUUGGUUUGGCGCUAUCUUUUAAGAAGAGAUGAUGUUGAACCUGCUCCUUGGACCUCCGAAGGAAUUGAGCGGUCAAGGAGGUUGUGUCUACGUUUACAGUAUCCAGUCGGUUACCCUUCAGAUAAGGACGGGAAAAAGACUAAAGGACAGUCAAAGAAGCAGGCCAAUGAAGUCUCCAAAAGGCCAACUCCAGAUGACAAUUGUCCAAGUGCCUCCAAAGUGCCCAAAGCAUCAGAUUCCGCAGAAGCAGUGGAGGCUUUCCAACUCACACCGCAACAACAACGUCUCAUCAGAGAAGACCAUCAAAACCAGAAGCUAUGGGAUGAAGUGCUCGCGUCGCUUGUGGAAGGACCAAAUUUUCUGAAAAAAUUGGAACAAUCUUUCAUGUGUGUCUGCUGCCAGGAGCUAGUCUACCAGCCUGUUACAACAGAUUGCCUCCACAAUGUCUGUAAAGAUUGCUUGCAGCGCUCCUUUAAGGCACAGGUUUUCUCCUGCCCUGCUUGCCGUCAUGAUCUUGGCCAGAAUUACGUCAUGAUCCCCAAUGAAGUUCUGCAGACUCUACUUGACCUUUUCUUCCCCGGGUACAGCAAAGGACGAUGAUCGACCACUGUGUUGUUCCUGGCGGCUUUUUGGACAAUAAAGAAUCUAAACGGGGGGGGCGGGUGGGGGGACGUGGAAGCUAUGGUGGACCAUAUCUCGCUCACGUUCUGAAGCAGCUAAUCCUCUUUCCUACUUAGCCAUCAUCCUGUGUGUGUAGUAAGAGGCCCAUUUCUCAGCUGUCUUUUAAAUAUCAAAGGUAGUUCCUGACAGUAACAACUAGUUUGAAUGAGCAAAAAGUCAAAGCCUCAGCUCUAGUUGAUAACCAAGUUAUGAUUUAUUUUGCAACUACCUCAGGACAGAAAAGAUUUAUGGGGAUUUUUUAAAUCAUUGAAUAAUUAGUUACAUGAAAUUUUAGCUACACACUGCCUCUCAAAUAUUAGUUGUGCCUGGUUCAUGUAAUUUGAUUUCACAGAAAAGGAAAUGAUAACUGAGAUCUUUGAAAUGACCGCAGCUUCUGUAGUGUGCAUAUUUUGUUUUAAUGUAUCUUCUUCCAUUGCAAUGUGUUUUUUAGCCCAUUUUGUGAGCACCACUGUGCUUUUUUUCUGGUGUUUUAUGCAAGUUGACUACUAAUGACUAAUGAGAACAAUAUGAAUGCAUUGUUACUGCAUUAGUGUAAUGUGGCGUGGUUUUGCACUUAAAAGAGGUAUUCAGAUGCUCUAGUUGUAAAUGUUCAUGAAAUGCCUCUUCUGUACUAGUCAAACUGCUUUUAGUGAGUCUCACCAGUGGUUUUACAUCUGCAAAGCAUUGAGGGCUGGGCUGACUUUUGAGAGGAUUGAAAUUACUUCAUAUUGUGAUCCUAAAUUUUAUAUUCACUAUAUUCCCCAAAGUAUACCUUAAUAAAUAUUUUAUGACCAGAAAAAUAA